AUGUUUUGUCCUUUUUCAGGCAACGAUCGCCUUCAGCUGGAGAGUUCAAUGGAUGAGAGUAAGCUACGGGCUCCGGACCCAGGAGCUCAGCUCGGAGUCUCCAGUUGUCUGGGAAAAUGCCAGAAGAGCUCACCAGAUGCCAGGAGGCAGCCCUUUUCUGGAAAGUCCUUCUACUUGGAUCUGCCUGCCGGCAAAAACCUCCAGUUUUUGACGGGGGCCAUUCAGCAGCUGGGUGGGGUAAUUGAGGGUUUUCUGAGCAAAGAAGUAAGUUACAUCGUGUCCAGCCGCAGGGAGGCGAAGGCCGAGAGCAGCAGGACAAGUCACAGAGGCUGUCCCAGCCCCAGCGAGGUCACAGUGGACACACCGCCGAACGGCAGCCGUGCCAGGCCCGCACAGAAGGCCAUGGACCCAGUGCCUCUGAGCAGAGGGAAGGAGCUCCUGCAGAAGGCCAUCAGAAACCAGGGCAGCAGCAGCGGAGGCGGCAGUGGGCGCAGCAGCAGCCUCCUGAGCAGCGCCCGCUCCUGGGGGGUGCAGAUUCUCCACGUGGACGAAAUGCUGAUACGGGUGCAGCAACUGUCUCUUGAUGCUCCACGUGUGAAGAAACAAGGGCUGAAGAAGCCAGAGGGAACAUGUCCAGCAGAGUCAAGAACACGGAAAGUGGCCAGACUGAAGGCACCGUUCCUCAAAGUCGAAGAUGAGAGCAGGAAGUUUCGUCCUUUCCACCUUCAGUUUAAAUCCUUUCCUGAAAUUUCUUUUCUGGGACCCAAAGCCGCCAGUCCUUUUGAGGCCCCGAUGACUCUGAGCAGCUCACACCAUACCAGAGAAGCCAAGGACCAGGAGCCAAGCCGGCGAUCCGCCGCCUGCACUGUGCCCAGGAGGAGGAAAGGGUACUGUGAGUGCUGCCAAGAAGCCUUCGAGGAGCUGCACAGGCAUCUCCAGAGCCCCCAGCACCAGGACUUUGCCCUGGAAGCCCACCUGUAUGCCGAAGUCGAUCGGAUCAUUGCCCAGCUGAGCCACAGCUUUGCAGACGUGCCCUUCCAGGCCAGCCUCCCCCGGCAGCCAGGCUCCUUGACUUCCGACUGUGACCCUCUGUAUCCUGAGCCUCCGCCUCCCCUCUGGCCCUCCCCUGUCAAGGCAGCGUCUCCCUGGAGGAAAGACGAUCAUCACCAGGCCCCAGGUGCCUCCGAUUAUGGUGGGACAGUGGGUGGCGUGAAGGCAGCGACAGAACCUGUGGAGGCUGGCGAGAUUCCUGGACCGAUAGCAAGCUGCCAGGAGCUGAAGGGGUCAGCUGACAGCUUUGUGGACCCCCCAGAGACCCCAGGGCCUGGGAGCCCUGCUCACCAGGGCCUCCUAACCAGCUCUGGACUUGCUGAACUCUCCUCUGGCCCAGACCUGCCUCUCUUUGGCCACAAGCGGAAGGUUCAGUUCCCCAGUGGCAAUGCCGAGAAGAGGCCGGGUGCAUCCUGGCCACAAGCCUCACUCUUUAUCCCGAGAGCCCCCAGCCCCUGUGGCACCCCCAGCUCCCAUGGCAUCAGGACAACCAGCAGCAAGCACCUUCCCCUUCCAGGCCAUGAGCCCAGGUCUCUGGCCUCCCUCCAGCCUGUGCACCACCCACAGGAAGAGACCUGCCUCUCCCUCCCAGGCAGCCCCCCAGUAGGUUGGCAGAGUGCUGGGCCACACAGGCCCCCUGGCCUGGGGGAGGAAGGCCUCCAGGAUCUAAGGGCUCUGAGGAUGCCGCCCCUGGCCCUGUCUCCCAGUAGGCUGAGCAGCUCCGGGCCAGCUGCCAGCCCACCUGCCCUCAGCUGCAGGCACGGAGCCCCCAGGAGGACCUGCAGAGAGCCCAGCUGCCUCUCCUCGCCACACUCUGCCAGCCAGCAGGGAGACCAGCUGCUCCUGAUGGUUCUGGACCUCCCAGCCUCUUCCAGGCCCCUGACUCCCAACCCCAGCCCACCGCCAACAGAGAACUACUUCUGUGA